UCUGCAGCGUCAAGUUGAAGACGAAAAAUUGAGAGACUUUGUUUUUUCUACCCGCGUUGAAUAUCUUUAAUUUCUCGGCGUUCAGAAGCUCCAGAUACUUUGAGUCGCGGAUCCUGCGCUGUCUGCGCUGUCUGCCGGUCUGUGGGUGAAAUUGCGGCGAUGUAAAAGGAAGCUGUUUGUGUGUCGGUUUGACAGUCUCGUGGGAACUGCGUCGAAGCGACGGUAUUGUUUACGAAGCACUAAACGGCUUCUGCCUAUGCUAUUACAUAAUUGUAAAUGCUGUAAGCUCCCUGCGGCUUACCAGGACGUUAACGUUAGUUUAAUAGGCUACGUCAUUUUCCUUAACUGGUAGGCCUGUUUUUAACAUUAAAAAUAUCAUAUAGUUUCCUAAAUGGCAUUUAACAGGACCUAUAUUAGUGUUAGUUAUGCCGUUUUCGGCAUGUUGGUUGGCUUCUCGGCAUUUGUAGUGUGGAAUGUCGUAUUCAAACAGCCAUGGACGGCGGCGAUGGGUGGUUUAUCAGGUGUGCUGGCGCUCUGGUGUCUCGUCACACACAUCAUGUACCUGCAGCACUACUGGCGCACCUGGCUGAAGGGACUCAAGUUCUUCAUCUUCAUCAGUGGGCUCUUCUCGCUGCUUUCUGUGGUGGCCUUUGCUGUCUUCCUCACCCUGGCCAUCACUCAAAAGGAAGUCCCGACUGACCCCUUCAGCUUCUAUCUGUCCUGCGUUUGGAGCUUCCUGACUCUGAAAUGGGCGUUUCUUCUGGGCCUCUACUCCCAUCGAUACCACCAAGAGUUCGCCGACAUCAGCAUUCUAAGUGACUUCUGAUUGGACGCUUCCCUGAAGAGAGGAGGAGUCUGGAGAGUGAGCUGCUGACCAGGCCAAGCAGAGUUGAUAUGAGAGUGGAGCUCAAGAUGGCAGGACUGGACUGACCUGAGCAGAGCUGGAGUUUGAGUACUGCCCCUUCACUAGCCCCUCCCCUGUGCUGAUCUGCCCCAAUCUGUGUUCCUCUGCCCCUGGGACUAGGUGUCUUAUCUUUUGUGUCCAGUGGACCUAUGGCAGUGUACGCCACCUCUUUGGCAGGCUCAGAAGGUGUGUUGUACAUGCACAAGAAAGCCAUAAUCUGAUCUAUUGGAAAUAGCAAAAGUAUGGAGAGCUGUCAAAGCCUCUCCAAAGCCAAUGGAGAGGUGUAAAAAGUCUGAUCUAAUGAAAACAGCAUAAAAUGGAGAGGUGCCAGAUGCACAGGACUCCUGCUGGUCAUCAAACGUAACUACUCCUGCCAUCGUGCCACAGAAAGCAUGAGACCCCCGUAAUCAGGAAGUAAAGUGACGGGCUUUUCAAGAGAAGAGCUUGGUGCACCAAUCAGGACCAUGUUGCAUGUUGACAUGUUAUCCUUUGGAUAGUGUUGUCUGUCAGAUCCAAAAUCAAUGUGUGUUAGUGAUGCAGAGCAGCGCCAAGGUUCCAGCCCGUUGGAACUGAUUUGUUUUUAGUUUUCUUGUGUGUUUUGUUUUUAGUGCUGGUGCUACUAUGUCACUAAACCUUGUGAAUCCUCAGCUUGGACAACUGCUUCCUUAUUAUGACACUAAAGAAUUCCUGAGUGCACCAAAAUGGAUUAUCAGUGUUUGGUCUGGACUUCAGGUAAACUGGUGCCAGUUUUGUGUUUGUAUCAUUGAAAGUCCCCCAUACUAAGUCUCUAUAAGGACAAGAGUCUUGCACUAGAAAGUCUACACUUUAUGAAUUACAUGCACAUCCAGUGUAUUGUUGCUCGUAAUUAUUUCAAUUUAAUCUCUAAUGUCUUUGGCAAUGUGCGAUACGUCAGUAUGUCUAAAGCAGAAGGAGCAGUGAUGCCCAGGUGAGGGUCUGGCUGUGCUCACCUGUUAAACGUCUUUGUGAAAGUCCCAGAGGCCAGUGUAGACGCACCAUUUAAUGAUGUGAACGCACCAUUUAAUGAUGUGAACGCACCAUUUAAUCCAGAUAAUGAUGUGAACGCACCAGAUAAUGAUGUGAAACCACCAUUUAAUCCAGAUAAUGAUGUGAACGCACCAUUUAAUGAUGUGAACGCACCAUUUAAUCCAGAUAAUGAUGUGAACGCACCAUUUAAUCCAGAUAAUGAUGUGAACGCACCAUUUAAUGAUGUGAACGCACCAUUUAAUCCAGAUAAUGAUGUGAACGCACCAUUUAAUGAUGUGAACGCACCAGAUAAUGAUGUGAACGCACCAUUUAAUCCAGAUAAUGAUGUGAUCGCACCAUUUAAUCCAGAUAAUGAUGUGAACGCACCAUUUAAUGAUGUGAACGCACCAUUUAAUCCAGAUAAUGAUGUGAACGCACCAGAUAAUGAUGUGAACGCACCAUUUAAUCCAGAUAAUGAUGUGAACGCACCAUUUAAUGAUGUGAACGCACCAGAUAAUGAUGUGAACGCACCAUUUAAUCCAGAUAAUGAUGUGAACGCACCAUUUAAUCCAGAUAAUGAUGUGAACGCAUCAGAUAAUGAUGUGAACGUACCAUUUAAUCCAGAUAAUGAUGUGAACGCACCAUUUAAUCCAGAUAAUGAUGUGAACGCAUCAGAUAAUGAUGUGAACGCACCAUUUAAUGAUGUGAACGCAUCAGAAUCGACCCAGAAAUGUGGACAUUGUUGCCUGACUUGUAUCAUGCUUUUCAUGUCAUUGCAAAACUACAAAAGUGUGUUCUCUUGACAGAUGACUUUGAGAUUUAGUGACAUUCAGAUGUUCAGUGCUAAUUUCCUUCAUGUUUAUAUGGCUUAAUUGUAUGUGUUUAGUGUAAUGUAAUAUGUUGAUUUUUUUAGGCCAGUUUGAAAAUAUCUGCUUUACAAGUACUCAUCCUCUGUGUCUUUAUAAAUUGUGCUGGGCAAUCAAUAAUAGUAUCACAGCUUUCUGUGUCAAUGUUUUUUAUGGUUUCGCUAUAUGCAGUACUGAACAGGGUCAACUUGUGUGUGUGUGUGUGUUGUGUUCAUCUGCUCAAAGCAAAUUAUUAUUAGCAAAUGCAAAAAGAAAUGCAGUUGUAAUAUUGGUCAUAAGGAGUGUGGCUGAGGAUGUGUGUGUGUAUGAUGACUGUGAAGAAUUAAAGGAUGAUUCUGUUGGUUUUCAGAA